GGCAGCACAGGUUCCGCGGCGCUCUUGCUGUGACGUAGUCAGUUGGGGACGCGGAGAACUCGCAUGUUUUGAACAGAGAGAUGUUCUGGAUGAGAACCCCCCCAUGUUCCUCCGUCAGCUGAGCUCCUUCAGCUCCUCCUUCCUUCCCCGCAGUCGUCCCGAUCUCUGCAGGGCUGGCUUCAGGAGCAGCGGCGCCUCCUCCUCCCACCUCCCCCAUUUCAUCCCCACUCCUCAUCCAUGUUGGUCGAUGCAGGGAUUCCCCCCCAGGCCUCCUCGACUCCCCCGCUUCCACCCAGCGGCCCAUCGGCUCUCCUCCGGUAGGCCGUCACACCCUCGGAGCAUCGGCCCGGACUUUGGCGGUAGUUGGCGUUCCUUCUCUUCCUCCGCCGGCCUCAUGACGGAGCGCUCCCACAGAGACAGAGAGCCUCCUCACAAACGGAGGAGGAGCGCUGAAGAAAGGGAUAAUAAGGGAGGAGGAGCAGCAGGGACGACCAGAGGCAACGCUAAGGACGAAAGCUCCAAGAGGGAUCAGCACCAGCACCGUGAAUCUCCUCGACCAAACCACCGCUUCAAAGAUGGAAGUCGAGACAGAAGGAACAACGGAGCUGAAAAAGGCUUCCGAUGGGGAAACAGCCGAGAUGAAGAUGUAGAACGGACUAAAGCUGGGAGUAGAGACAGACAGCAAAAAGACAGCACAAGUAGAGAUCAAACCCCAAACCGAGGGAGGGGAGCCCACCAGCCAGGAGGACAUAAAGACUCACAGCCCACAAGCUCUAGGACUCAAACCCCCAACUCCAAACCUGAACGGGAUGAAGCUCCCAUGCACCGACCCAACGCCUGGUUCAGAGAGAGGGGUGAGAGGAAUACUGAAGGAGCAGAGGGACAGCUGAGGGACAGAAGGAGUGAUGGAGGCCAGUGGACGGGGCCCCUCUCAGAGCCUCCGAGGACUGCUCACCCCCCGAACCCGUGGCAGGUAGCCAGAGCCGACGGGAAGCAUCCUCCAGCAGUGAGACAACAGGACGGGAGGCCAGUGAAGGCUCUUCGGAGACACUGGGAGGCCUCACACACCCGCAGUAGCGACACCCAACCACCGGGGGACAGCACGGCGUUUGACUUCUCGGUGAUGUCAUACAACAUCCUGUCCCAGGAGCUGCUGCAGGACAACGUCUACCUGUACCAACACUGCCCCCCCGGCGUCCUGCCCUGGGACCACCGGCUGCCCAACCUGCUGGCUGAGAUCCAGCAGCACAACGCUGAUAUCCUGUGUCUUCAAGAGGUCCAGGAGGACCACUAUGAAAACCAGAUCAAACCUGCUCUACAGGCACUAGGUUACCAGUGUGAGUACAAGAAGCGAACAGGAAGUAAACCAGACGGUUGUGCCGUCAUCUUCAAAACCUCCCGCCUCUCCCUCCUCUCCUCCAAUCCCGUGGAGUUUCUCCGCCCCGGCGACGCCCUCCUGGACCGGGACAACGUGGGACUGGUUCUGCUGCUGCAGCCCAACGACACCGCCCGCCGCUCGGAUCCCUCGGCCUUCAUCUGCGUGGCCAACACUCACCUCCUGUACAACCCUCGCCGCGGAGACAUCAAGCUGGCCCAGCUGGCCAUCCUGUUGGCCGAGAUCGGCCGGCUGUCCCGCCUCCCGGACGGGUCGACCAAUCCGGUUGUGCUGUGCGGGGACUUCAACUCCACGCCGCGGAGCCCGCUGUACAGCUUUCUGAUGACAGGCUGCCUGGAGUACAGAGGACUGCAGAGCAGCAUGGUGUCGGGUCAGGAGAACAGUCCCAGAGGUCAGCGUGUCCUCACGUCUCCACUCUGGUCUCACAGUUUGGGAAUCAACCAUCAGUGUCAGUACGAGAACAAAGCGGCCGCUGACUCCUCCCCCAGCAGCCCGACAGCAGUAGAGGGAGCGAUCUCUAAUCUCACCGUAGAGGAUCUCGCCACCAAAGCUGCUGCUGCUGUUGCUUCUAACAGAGCGAGGAUCGAGCACAGUCUGACUCUGCGGUCGUCCUACCAGCAUCGCCUGAAGCCUGAUGGGAGACCUGAGAUCACCACCUGUCACUCACGCACCGCCAUGACCGUGGAUUACAUCCUGUACACCCCCGAAAUCCCCACACCUCCUUCACUUCCUGGUGGGCGGGGCCUCCAGCUGCUAGGCAGGCUGUCAUUGGUCGGCCAGCAGGAGCUGGAGGAAGUCAACGGCCUGCCCAAUCCGUAUCACUCGUCCGAUCACCUCCCUCUCCUCGCUCACUUCCGCUUCCGGCGCUGACCCCUGGACGGCCAAUCAGAACAGCUCCCGAGGAGCGACGCCUCAACGCGAUGCAGCUCAGGGAAGCCGGAAGCGUGGAAGAUGUCGAUUGAAGUAAAACACAAACUGAUCAAAAUGAAGUUCACGGUGUUUUCUCUCUCACAUGUUCUGCCUGAAAACACUUUAGAGUAUUUUCCCCCAAAUCUCUGCUGAAAGGUUAAACUGUGACUCCAAGAACAAACUUGAUCCACUUAAACACUCUGCAAUAAUAACCUGAGUACAUUUAAAUAAUUCAAGUAGAAAGGACCGGUAACACCUUUUAUUCUGGUGGCUUAAUUGUUAUCUUGCUGUAAAGAAGGUCACAGUUGUUUUAAAAUAACUUCAUUUUCCAGCAAACGAGAAAAACAAAACAAAGUUUGGCUCUUCCACGAAAAUAUUUUACCCGUUAGACGUGAAUCUCUGAAGGGACAGAUUUUAAAUCAAUUUUUUAAAGCUUGACCGUUAUCACUUGAAGUUAAAGUGCUGCUGAUGAAAUAAGACUACUUGAUAAGUUUGUUUGCUGUGAUAGAAGGGCAGAGAAACGGACAUUAAAUAUUAAAUAUACCCUUUAACGACAGUUAAAUAUUAGUAUAUUAGUUUUACAGUUAAUUCAUCUGAGAAAUUAAAAUACAGAGGUCCGCUCUUCUUUUAAAGCUUCAGACAGUUGAAGAAAAAUUCAUUAACUAUGUAAUUAAAUUCAUCCAAACAGUCUGAGAAAUAUGGAAUUCAUACAUUUUCUUGCAACGGUUUCAAAGUUACCUCUGAAUCAUUGCCUUGGACGUGUUUUUAUUUUAUUUUAUGAUCUAUAAUUUAUGACAUUGAUUCACAUUUUCAACCUUUUAAGACACUUGGAGGUAAUGGACAAUUCACCUGCAGACUGAAACGGUCAUCAAUAAGAGAAUAAUGUCUGAAUGAAAUGUUUGAGAUGAACGGUACUCAUGGACAUUGUGUUUAUAAUUUAAGACUAAAUACAUAAUCAACACAUUACAAGGAAUGAAUGUAUUUUUCUAAUAUUUUAGAAAGACAUUUUGGACAGUUUGUAA